AAACGAGAGACGAUUUAUACCUUACCCGGAAGCAAUGGCCUCAAAAAACAAACAAAAUGCUUGGAAAUUCACGCCCCGUUUAUUUUAAAUAAAGGGAAGCUUCGUUAAUUGGUCACAAUGGAUGGUGCUUCAGGAAGUAAUAAUGAAGUUCCCCCUCCUGUACCCCCGAGAACAUGGAUGGGGCGUCCAGGUCAGACAAUGAGCUUGCCAUAUGGGGCAGGUUUAGAUGGAUAUCCGACAGGUAGCCAUAUUGGAAUGAGAACCAGUCAUUCGUUUCAUACAGAACAUAGCUGGAACCAGUCAAAUACAGGAAAUGCUAGGCCACAGUCAGUACCAAUGCCACCACCUAGUUCAAACACUUCUGAUCCCAGAUUAAUAUCCUUGUCACCGCCAGGGCAGUCAUCUCAAGGUCAUAGGUCGCAGGGGUCAUUUUUUAGUGACCUUGAAGGAUUGGACUUUACAGCAAGAAAUUCAGAUCCGGUUGAGACUAAACAAACUGAUAGUAGUGGACCUAAAAUAUAUCCAGACAUAAGCUCAGCUUUUAGAGAAUUGAAGCAGACGCCUCAGGCAGGUUCAGAAUGGAAUAACAGAAAUUUGCCAGUUUCAAAUCGAAACUCUAUGCCUUCCCCUUAUGGCUGGGACCCGGCUUUAUCACAAAUGGCUGCGGGUGGUUUUACGACUGGUUCCACUUCUGUACCAACAACUCCAAUACCUGGUCCUUAUACACAACCAGGGGCUGGUAAUUACAUGGGCUACAACUUGGGGAACCAGUUUCCUGUCCAGAAUCCUAAUUUUUAUGCCGGGUAUUCUGGAAAUAUGUUUCCAACCAGUGCUGGCAUAAGUACAGGUGCUGUAAACUCUGCCAGUUUGAAUCGAAAUAUAUCUGUCGGGACAAAUGAGGAAAAUGUUACGGACGGCUUUAAUAUGGUGCCAGACGCCGAUUCUGAUCCAUGGUCUGAAUCAGACUUCUUCAAUCAAAAUGACCAGCAAACUGCGGGGAGUGAAAAAUCAGUAAAAACUCACAGGAGAAACAAUAGUGAUUUAAUACAGUUAGGUUUUGAAGGUGUUUUGACUUCAGAGGAGAAUGAGUACUUUUCUUUGGAAUAUUUCGAUCCAUUACACAAACGAGGGCGAACAAUGUCAGUUUCUACACCGAGUUCACUAGCUUCUUCAAAUUACUUUUUUGCCAAACCACCCGAAGAGACAGUCAUUAGCACGGAUCGAAAUGAUUGGGUAACUUUCGAUGAAUCAGAUUUUGAGUUUGGUCGAUCAGAUAAUACAGAUUUACCAGACAAAUUUGUUCAAUCAAGGGCAGACGACUUUAUGCCGUCUGCUGCAGAACAAGCAUUGGAUGAAAGCAAGGUUGGUCACGAGAAGUUGCGAAGGAAGUUGUAUAUAGAUGAAGAGUCCGAUGCCUUUUGUCAGAUGGUUGCAGAGUUGAAGAAGGAGUAUAAAUCGACAGAUGAGAGGACAAACCUUGGCUUUAUAGUCAGUCCAAUGUGCAAUAAACAACAGGAUCCCAUGUCCGUGAAGAUAGUCGUACAUUCAGAAUUUGCCACCGAGCCUUUCUCGUUUACGAGUGAUGUACACAGUCUGGUAGAGCAUAUUAUAAAUCAUGUACUGUACAGCCGCUUGACUGGUUCUAUGCCAAGUCACAUGAUAGAGUCUCUAAAAUCCGUGGAUUUUAUCCUCAAAGUCAACGAUCGGUCGGAGUAUCUCCUGAAUGAGUUCCCGCUGUCCAAGUACAGCUACACACAUGACAGUUUAAAGAUGGAUCAGGAUUUGUGUUUUCGAAUCAUGAGACGCCAAGAUGUUGCCUUGCCUUUUCUUAGAACAGUUGAUGAUGACAAUCAGCAGUUGUAUUUCCCACAGGACCAUGUUAAAGAUACAGAGGUUACAAGAGAUUCUUUAGAAAUUCUGAUGGACAUAUUUUACAAGGAAGUGGAAAAAGUUUCAGACCUUGUUUUAAAGGAUGAAGUCCAGAAUGUACAGUUCCAGUCAUUGUCACAGUCGGUAAAGGCAAUAUGUAACAUCCUGUCGAAGAUCGAGACCAUUGAUAUAGCCAAGUGUCUGAGCCGCGUGGAGAGCUUAUUGAAACAAAUGAAAAGUUCAAUACCCGCUAAAUCAUCUACACUAGAGCAUAAUGAUGGUGGAUAUGCAACUCUUCAAAGAGGGAGCAUGAAACUGUCACAUAUCCCGCAGUUAGAGGAAGCUCUGGAAUCAUUGAUUAAGUCAACAAUUGCUCUUGUCAGAAUUUAUUGUCAAGCUUUCCACACUGACUUCCACCUUGGCAAGAAAAUAGAUCAACCAUGGGACAAUAAAAAGGAUGGGAGAAUUUAUAAGUUCAGGAGAAGAUUUGAUCCACAAGAUGUGACUGGUUCUGGUGAAAAUUUCAUUGUUCAGAUCUGUACAGUGCAUAGAAUACCUCCUGACUGGGGUAGUAGAUUUGACGAGUAUAAAAUGGAAACAGAACUAUAUCAUGGGAAGAGAAAGCUAGGUGUUAUGUCAUGUUCUACAUGUGCCUCUGUUCAUACCUCUGGUCUUGUUCCCGUCAUAGUGUGGGAUGAAUGGUUAACACAUGAUGUACAACUGUGCUUGUUGCCAAGGGAAACUAGACUGUGUAUAACUCUAGUUGGAGUGAAAAACCUCCAGACUGGUUCAGGAAGUGGUACUGCAGGAGAAUCUCAGAAAGAGACCACAGCACUGGGUGGGGUAACCAUUCAACUCUUCAACAGAAGAGGGUAUUUGUUACAAGGCAGCCAACUAGUGCCCCUACAGAUGAAUUUUGCUGCAGAUCCUAUAACCCCAUUUUGUUCUACAUUACAGCCGGACUCGGCACUUUUACAGUUUAAUUUGCCAGACUUUGGGAAACAGAUUGUGUUUUCAGAGCCAUUAAAUAUGUCAGAAUGUAAGAAGAAGACGUUUGCAGACCUUGCACCAGAAAUACAGGAAGAAAUUAAAGAAGUGAUGAAAAAAGAUUGUGUAACCUCUUGCACAGGAGACCAGUUGGAGAUCUUGUGGGCGUAUAGACAAAAUCUUCAUGACUACCCUGGCUUGUUGCCAUGGAUAUUACAGGCAGCUCCAGGCUGGGACUGGGCGUGUCUUCCAGAGAUAUACGCCCAGAUCAAACAGUGGUCGACAUUACAGCCAAUGCAGUCAUUAGAGCUCCUCCUACCACAGUACCCAGAUUUGAAAGUGCGUUCUUUUGCCGUUGAUUGUUUGAGAACUAUGCCGACAGAUGAUCUCAUUGCAUUUAUACCUCAACUUAUUCAGGCUUUAAAAUAUGAAAGUUAUCAUAGUUCUCCUCUGGCAAGGUUAUUGCUGGAACAGUCAUGUAGAAGUGUUAGAUUUGCCCAUCAAUUCUUCUGGCUGUUAAAGGGAGCCACUCAAGACAGUCAAUACAAGAGAAGAUACGAGCUAAUGUUUGUAGCGCUGGUCAGCGUAGCGGGCGAGGCUUUAUACCAGGAGUUUAUGAAACAAGAGGAGAUCGUGAAAGUUCUCCAGACGACAGCUGAACGUGUACAACAAGCAAAAGGCAGCGAGAAAGAGAAUGCAUUACAUAAGAAUUUAGAAAUCCUGUACGAGAUAUUUGAGAGCAAAAAUAAGGUGUUGCUUCCACAUAACCCUGGUUACGAGGUGUCAGGAAUUGAAAUGAAUUCAUGUUCAUUUUUCACCUCUAAUGCUGUCCCAUUGAAACUUGUAUUUAAAAAUGCUACGGAGAACGUCGGUCCGGUUUACGCGAUGUUCAAGGUCGGUGAUGAUCUACGUCAGGAUAUGAUGACGAUGCAGAUUGUGCAGAUUAUGGACCAUCUCUGGCUGAAAGAAGGACUCGAUCUCAAAAUGAUCACAUUUAGUUGUCUCCCAACCGGUCCUAGAAGAGGAUUCAUUGAAAUCAUCACAGAAUCUGAAACAUUGAGAAAGAUUCAAGUGAUGUCAGGGGUCACGGGUUCAUUCAAGGAUCGUGUAAUUAAGGAUUGGCUUCAGAAGCAUAACCCAACAGAGCUUGACUAUCAAAAGGCUGUAGAGAACUUCACACGUUCAUGUGCUGGAUACUGUGUAGCCACAUAUGUGUUAGGCGUAUGUGACAGGCAUAAUGAUAAUAUUAUGGUGAAACAAACAGGUCACCUGUUUCAUAUAGACUUUAAUAAAAUACUUGGCGAUGCUCAGAUGUUUGGAAAUAUUAAGAGAGAUCGUGUAAAGUUUGUGUUGACAUCAGAUAUGGCAUAUGUAAUAAACGAUGGAGAUCGGCAAAGCGAUCGGUUCCAGCAUUUUAUUGAUAUGUGUGUUAAAGCAUUUAAUAUAUUACGUAGACAUGCCAACUUGUUCAUCAAUUUAUUCUCAUUGAUGUUACGGUCAGGUAUACCAGGUAUUACGGAGAAAGGUGUAGAGUUUGUACAGAGGGCGCUGCUGCCAGGUCUGACUGAUACCCAGGCUACUUCAAUGUUCACAAGAAUGAUACAGGAAAGUUUAAGUGCUAAAUCUACCCAGUUUAACUUCUUCAUACAUAACCUGGCUCAGAUGAAGUUUUCUAGUCACAAUGAAGGGGCCCUGCUGUCAUUCGUACCUAAAGUUUAUAAUCAACAGACUGAUGGUAAAAUAAAGCAUGUUGAAGUAUUUGGUAUCCAGAAAAGGUAUACACCAGAAAAGCAUUACAUUUACACUUUAAAAAUCGUGCGAGAAAACCAAAAAGUACCAACUUAUAUUUUCCGUAUUUUCCCUGAAUUUGUGGAAUUUAGAAACAAAUUGGCUGCAGAAUUUCCUCUCGUGAAUUGGCCACCACUUCAAGGAAGGGUGUGGUCAGCUCCGGUGGGAGGCAAGCGCUGGUAAUACUGCUUGCAUUGUAUGCCUUAUGAAAAUGUUUGAAACCUUAACUUUCUAAAUAUAUAUGUUUCUCUGUGAAAUGAAAUUUUCCCAUGUUUCAUGCAUAU